UCUUCCUCAAUUGCUUCCUCGGUGCUCCAGGCGCUGAGUUGGUCGCAAUGGCUUACAUGGCAAUGUCCCUCCACGCGGUCAAUCAUCGCUUGACCAAUAUCCCCGUCAAGCAGCUGCCUCCGCUCGCAUCAUCUCUCGCAGCUUCGUUAAGCAAUUGCGGGGAGCUUUUGUCCACUCCGCAGAGCCAGAAAUCCAAAUCGGACUCGGACAAUGCGGUUCAGGUUCACAAGCUUAUGACGCGGCUGGCCAGUCUGCUGCAGGAUCGAAGCGUUGAAGGUCGCUGGACAGCGGUCGUUCUUGUCAAGACUUUGGUGGAAGCUGGUCAAUGGGAGGUUCUUCGUGGAAGCGAACCGUUUGUUCGCGGACUGAUUGGGAUCUUGGCUAAAUCCGAUCCUGUCUCUACGAAGAAAAUGUCCAUCAUCACGUUGACAAGGAUUUUCCAUUUGACUUACCAAUACCCAACCCUCGUUCGCGAGAUCACAACGCCUUCCCUGCCUGGCUUCAUCACCUCUGCCUUGAACUUGAUUUCCAUCAAGCCAUCCUCCGAACCGGUCCGAAAGUUGAAGCCCAACACUCCUUUCCUGGACAUUGUUCUUAAUGCAUUUGGGGAGCUGAUUGCAAGGCACCCUACAAUCUUCCGACCUUUCACGGCGCAGAUUCAUAGUGUUCUCCAGUCCAUUAUUGGCUCGACCGAGCCCACAUAUCCUGAGCCCAUUCUGGAAAUAGCGCAGCAGCUGUUCAUUUCUCUGCACAACUGCGCCCCGAAGAACACCUCCGGCGAAGAAUGGAAGAACGCCUGUCGGAUGACUAUCACGUCUAUCCACGCCACGUCCUCGUAUAUCUUGAGAGCGGUCGUUGAGCAGUGGGAAUCGGUCGACCCAUCAUUGCGUCAAUUGUCUCAGCCACAGAACUAUAGCCAGGAGGUGGGAAAUGGACCUGACGCGUUGGGCUUGAGUAGCUGGCAGGGCCUGCCUGCUGGUGUGAAUCGGCUCGUCGUGCUUCUGCGCAUGCUUUCUGGAUUCUUGGAUACCGCUACAGCGUCCACUGUGACGGUCCCCCUGGGCUCAAUCUUGGAUCUCACUGCACGCUUGAAUAUGGUGACGUACCCGUCUGACGGCGAGAUCCAAGCCAACCCGCAGAUUGGCCGAGCCGAAAGGGAACACCUGCUUACAGAGCUGCCUCGAAUCCACGCAGCCUGUCUCAGGCUACUUGUUGGCAUUGUCAAAACCUUCGAAACGGCUAUCAUUCCUGUCGCACAGACGAUCCUGGAGCAAGCUCUUUGGGUUUUCCGUGCUGAAAAGUUCAGUCGAGAAGUGCGAACCGCAGUUUACGACCUUGUACGCACACUGCUCUCACAUAUGGGCCCAUGCAUGACCAAACAAGGUGUCACUUCGUUGACAGGAGUUCUCCGAGCCUGCUGCCACGACUUGUUGCCUCCUCCGAGUAACCAGACUGCGGCUGCAGAGAAGUCUGACCCGAAGUCGAAGUCGAAGUCCAGCCAAGCCACCGUAAACGCGGACUCCUUCCUGAACCCUGGACUGAAGCCGAGCCGUCAGCUGAGCAGCUCCCCCUCAUUUGUAGAACUGAAACGGGCCGCCUCCGAGCUUCUCGUGGCUGUUCUGUCGCACGCCCCGACCGAGCUCAUCACCCCCGCCCUGCGCGCCGAAAUCGACCGAACCAUCAUCAUGACCUCCGACAAGAACGCAAUGUUGGCGAGCGUCCUCAACCCCUUCGCCACCAUGCAGGGCCGUGGCGUGGGCAUCAGUAUCAUGCCUUUCCUGGCGCGCAGCCAUCCUGCAGAAAUGGAAGUGGAUGCUCUCAUCCGCCCACGUAUGCCCGUACUGAUGAAUGCCCCUGGUGUCAACGGCUACACCGUAGCCGAUGAUGAAGACGAAGAGGAGACGGAAACCGUGCUUGAGCCUCAAAAUUCCACGGAAACCAGUGGCUUCCUCAAGCCUUCUGUCACCCCAAAUCUUCACCAGGACAUGAUGGACGUUGAAAUGACCCCUCAGUCUUCUAGCCCCACCAUGAACAAACGGAGUUUCGCGCAGGAAACCGAGGUGCCGACACCAGCGCUUUCCACCGCGACUGGGGGCGCACAGAGCAAGAAGGUCCGAGUGGAAGCCGAGGAACCGAAGGCUCCCGCUCAACCGUCGCUGGGUGCAGCUUCGCCAGCUACGUUCACGGGGACAGCCGCUAUCUCUGUCCCCUCGUCUUCCAUCACGGCUACAGCCGCCCCUAAGCCCGUCGUUUCGAUGACCGGGCCGUCGGCGUCGAUGUCGACAACGACGCCGCAGCCGCGCGCCGUUGCCGAGGCAGCGGGCGAUGAUGAGAGUGACGAUGAAAUGCCUACGCUGAACAUUGAUCCGGACACGGACGAUGAGGACGAGGACGAGUAAACACGAAGAAGAGUUGAAAAUAGAUGUGAUUUUAUGGAUAUGCCAUGCCC